AUGCCAGAGCUGUUCAACCCGAUCGGCGAGAAGGCCGAGAAAGUCGCCCCGGCGGCCUUUCCCAAUGGGACAGCGCCCGACGAGGAGGAGAGGGUGGUCGAGGAGAUUGAGUCCCUCUGCAUGAACUGUGAGGAAAAUGGCGUAACACGUCUCCUCCUGACCAAGAUCCCCUAUUUCCGCGAAAUCAUCAUCAUGUCAUUUUCGUGCGACAAGUGCGGCUUCCACAAUAACGAGAUCCAACCCGCCGGUACUUUUCAACUCAAGGGCGCUCGUUACGAGCUCCGGUUAACCGCCAUGCCCGAUUUCGAGCGCCAGGUCGUCAAGUCGGACACGGCCACCGUCAAGUUCAUCGAGCUGGAUGUGGAGGUUCCGGCUGGCAAGGGCCAGCUCACAAAUGUAGAGGGGCUCUUGACGACCGUCAUCGACGACCUCGAAUACGGCCAAGAGAAGCGAAAAGAGGAAGCACCAGAGGUGUACGCCAAGAUCGAGGAGAUCAUUGCCAAGGCCAGGAAAAUGCUUGCCGGCGAGGCAUUCCCCUUCCGUGUUUCCGUCGACGAUCCGGCUGGCAACUCGUUCAUCGCCCCUGACAUGCGCGACGGCGUGGGCAAGUGGGAAAAGCGGGAAUACAUUCGAACGCCCGAGCAGAACGCAGCGCUUGGUCUAGCCGACACGGUUACCACAGACCUCGACGAGAAAGGAGACAUCAUUCCCGACCAGGUCUACCAGUUCCCCGCCUCAUGCCCCGGCUGCCUGCACCCGUGCACGACCAACAUGAAGAUGGUCGACAUCCCUCACUUCCGGCAGGUCGUUAUCAUGAACACGUCGUGCGACGACUGCGGGUACAAGUCUAACGACGUUAAGACGGGUGGCGAGAUCCCCGAGAAGGGCAAGAAGGUGACGCUUCGCGUCAAGACACAAGAGGACCUUGCCCGCGACAUCCUCAAGAGCGAGAGCUGCUUCCUUGAGUGCCCUGAGCUCAGCCUAUCGGUCAACCCAGGCACCCUCGGCGGCCGCUUCACCACCGUCGAAGGCCUGCUGACGCAGGUGCGUGACGACUUGCACAACCAGAUUUUUGAGGCCGAUGCCGACGCCGAAGCGACCGCCCGCAAGAACGACUCUCUCGCCCCCGAUGAGAAGAAGCGGUGGGAGGAGUUCUUUGACAACCUGAGUUCUGCCGUCAAGGGCGAGAAGGAGUUUACCAUUGUCCUCACCGACCCCCUGGCGAGCAGCUAUGUCCAGAGCCUGGCGGACGAUCCCAGCCAGCCGGAUGAGCAGAUGAGGGUGGAGGAGUAUGAGCGGACAGAUGAGGAGGAGGAAGAAUUGGGGUUGAAGGAUAUGAAGACGGAAGGGUACGAGGAAGAUGCGGAGAAGGGUACAGAGAAGGAGGAAAGAACAUGA